AUGAUUCUCCAGACCGCUGUGCUCAGCAUCCUCCUCUGCUCUGUCCAGAGCUUCACUCUGCAGGCUUCAUUUGAAAAGAGUGAUGAAUCCUCUGGCAACACCAUUGAGGAAGAUGAUUUCAGUGUCUCCGCACUGAUAGAGAAAGCCAAUGCCAAUCUGGGAAAGAACCCUGGUGAUCCUCUAGUGAUGUUUGGAGACAUAGCAGUGUCAACUGAUCUAGGGAAUGCUGAUCCCUGCACCGAUGACAAAGACAAAAACUGCAAGUGGCCUAAAGCUUCUGAUGGCAACGUCUAUGUUCCUUACCACAUCUCCAAUCAGUUCUCACAACAAAACAGAGACACCAUCAUUCGAGGUCUGGAGUCAUUUGCCCAGUCUACGUGCAUCCGUUUUUUUCCCUUCAAUGGACAGACAGACUUUCUGUACAUCCAGUCUAGACAAGGGUGUACCUCAUAUGUCGGGCGUCAGGGUGGGGGCCAGAUUGUGUCGCUGCAGAUUCCUGGUUGCAUUUACCACCAAGUCAUCCAACAUGAGCUGCUCCAUGCCCUGGGCUUCCACCAUGAACAGAAUCGGUCUGACAGGGACCAGCAUGUUAGAAUCCUCUGGCAAAACAUCAUUCCUGGACUAGAGUACGCCUUCUAUAAACUCCAGACAAGGAACCUUGACACUCCCUAUGACUACAACUCUGUCAUGCAAUAUAGAAGGGAUGCCUUCUCUAGUAAUGGGCAGCCAACCAUUGUUCCCAUCCCCGACCCCAACGUUUCCAUUGGCGAGGCUUUCCAGAUGAGUCCCACCGACAUCGGUCGGGUGAACCGUCUUUAUCGCUGCAGUAUGUAUCUUUUGACUCAUGAAGCCUAUUACUACUAUUCCCUCUGA